GGAGCGGGGAGACGCCUCCUCGGACACGUUAAAAGUUUGAGGCGGCUCCGGCUCCGGAGGAGGCAGAGCGCGGCCGCGCACGGCAACAGCUCCGCGGGCGCGGAGCCCCCGGCGCACCGGGCACCGCCCCACGCCGCCGACGGUACGGGAAGAUGGCGAGCCGCAAUCCGCGCCUGCUGCUCCUCCUUUUCGUGGGGUUCUUCAGCUGUCCUGAUGUGUCUGGAAUCUCCAUUGAAACAGAUAACAAAAAUGUAAAAGCAGAGGAGUUCAAGGAGGCUAUUCUUAGUUGCAAACACAAAUUUUCGAAAGGGAUGAGUUUAAGAAUAGAGUGGAAGAAAAUCCAGUCUCAAGGAGUCUCAUUUGUCUACUACAACAGUGAAUUUACAGGUGAUCUUCGAGGCCGAGCAGAGAUGCUGAAUACAGGAAUCCGAAUUAGGAAUGUGACUAGAAGGGAUUCUGGGACCUACCGCUGUGAAAUCAGUGCCAAGAGUGAAGAGGGGCAACGCCUGGGAGAAGCUACUAUUACUCUCACAGUAUUGGUUGCUCCGACUACUCCAGUGUGUGAGGUACCCAGCUCCGCAAUGACAGGAACGGUCGUGCAGAUGAGUUGUAAGGAAACUGAGGGCUCCCCUCCGUCUGAGUACCAGUGGUACAAGAAUGGUGUUGCCUUGCUGGAGAAGACAGGAACAGGCAGUGCUAGAGCAGCAAACAUAACUUACACCAUGAAUAAAAAGUCUGGCACGCUGCUGUUUAAUACAGUUACAAAGAAUGACACUGGAGAGUAUUUCUGUGAAGCCUCCAAUGGGAUUGGAUUAUCUCAGAAAUGUUCAGUAAAGCGAAUGCAAGUUGAUGACCUUAAUGUAAGUGGUAUCAUUGUGGCUGUAGUAUUGGUGGCUCUGGUGAUGGUUCUGUGUGGCCUUGGAGUAUUCUAUGCCCAAAAAAAGGGCUACUUUGCAAAGGAAAGUUCUUCCCAAAAGAAGAUGAACUAUCAAUCUACAAGUGAAAAGGAUUUCAAGCAUACCAAGUCCUUUUUUAUUUAGAAGAUUUCAGCCUCUAUGAGGGACAUCAAAUUACUACUUGUUAUACAAAAGUAUCAAUGUCCUGGUUUCAGCUGGGUUAAUUUUCUUCAUAGUAGCUGUGUUUUGGAUUUAAUAUGAGAAUAAAUUUGAUAACACACUGAUGUUUUAGUUGCUGCUGAGUAGUGCUUACUCCAAGUCAAAGAGUCCUCAGAUUCCUAUGGUCUUCCAGUGAGGAGCUGCAAAAGAAGCAUGGACAGAACACAGCUGGGACAGCUCAUCUGAGUUGUCCAAAGGGAUAUGCACAGAAUCACAGAAUCAUAGAAUAAGCUGAGUUGGAAGGGACCCAUCAGGAUCAUGAAGUCCAACUCCUGGCCCUGCACAGGACACCCCAAGAAUCACACCAUGCUCCUGAAAGCAUUGUCCAAACACUUCUGGAACUCAAACAGCCUUGGUGCUCAGUGACCACCUCCACGCCAGAAUAUCAUGCUCAGUAUUUAAAUUGGGGAAGUUGGCCCAGAGGAGCCAACUGCUGCUGGGGAACAGGCUGGUCAUCAGUCAGCAGGCGGUGAUAAAUUGUUGUGCAUCACUUGCCUUUCUUGGGCUUUACUCCUCUCUCUCCUUUUCACUACAAUUCAUAUUAUUGUUGUUAUUAAUGUCAUUAGCAUUAUUAGUAUCUUAUUUUACUUUGUUUCAAUUAUUAAACUGUUGUUCUCUCAACCCACCAGUUUUACUUUUUUUUUUCCCCAGUUCUCCCACUGGGCUGGGGUGGGGACAGUAAGCAAGCAGCCACAUGGGACUGAGCUGCUGGCAGUUCUUUUUGGCACUCAACGUGGGACUCAAAAGGUUGAGAUAAAAACAGAUCUGACUAAAGCAUGUUAAAACAAGUUUGUUAUAAGCCUUCAUUGUAUUGGUUUAAUAGUUGCUGGUCACCAUACUGAUUCAUUUGCUCUAGGCCUAGGCUAAGGUUAUCACGGUGUUGUUCUGUGUUGUACUGGCUUGUGGUAUGAUGGAAUGGCUGGUCAGGAGCUUGUCUGGCGUGUCCCCGCUGCCCUUUGGGAGCCAUCUGGUGGAAACUAUCCACAGUUACAUCUACUGCCUUCUACCCUCAGAGCAAACCCAUGGGAAAAACACCUUCCUUCCCCUCCAGGAUGAUUACGAUUUGAGCAUUUGAGAAUUUUAAAGACUUUGCAUAUCCUGUGACUACCCCUGAAACCGACCUGGUCCUUUUGGUAACAAUCAGUAUGUUGUUGCAUAUGGUUCAGGCCUUCUUUAAGGUUAAGAAACAAUCUGUGGCUACGGAAACCCCACCAACACAUUCUGUACCUAUACAAACUUCAGUAACAGGUCAACAAGAGGCAACCAUUCAAAACUUAUUCCUGAGUGAGCUGCAGGAUAUACAUAAAUAUUUCAGCUGUUGUCAUGAUAAGCAUACUACCAGCCAGCUGUUCUGAUGCUGGGAUAACGGGACUAACGGAUUGGAAUUAGAGGGUAGGAAUCACUUUCUAAGAAAGCAUGCAUUGACAAGGUGAUUGCAAGAGAGACACAAGUUACCAGCCUCUGGAAGCAACUCCUGUCAAACCUGAAGGAAAGGUAUCCUUACAAGAAUGAUGUUACAUGUCACCAUGCAAGUGGAAAGAUAUCCAAUACUUGAGGGAAUUAGCCAUGCUAGAGAUUUAUUUUGGCCUGGACAAUACAAGGUUCCCCACAGAUCCAGACCAAUUUCUAUGUGACCCACGUGGUGGAAGUUUGCAGAGUGUACCAAGAGUACACACCAACCCACUGCCAAUGUUACUCUAAAAAGACACCACACCACCAUCUGUGGAUACAGUGGCUCGCCAUCUCUGGGAAUGUGAAGACAAUCUCUCUUCCUCUUUCAUCUGUGGAGAAACUAUCAGAUAAACUGUCCCAGGAGUUUCAGCAGUUCAAAGAGGUUAUGUUCUAUUCCCCACCUCUACAGACCCAUGCUACUGACAGUAAGCAUUGGCUCAAGAGGGAGGAUAUGGAAGGUACAUGACAUGGGAUACCCUGUGGGUUUAGCUGAGACCACAGAGAAGGCAUGAAGAAUUGGGAUGGGAGACCUACCUCAACCUUAGAGAUACAAAUUUUAAGGAAAACAAUCCCAAAUGGGGGUUCUUCCAGGAAAGCCGCUACUCCUGUCUCCAGUGGAUGGUUUCCCAGGCAGAGUGGAAGGGCUGAAUUUACUCCUAAUCCUAUGGAAUGGAAUUCUAAUCCAUUUCUUCAAAAAGUAAGCUUAGAUGUGGGUUUUUUGAAAAUGCAUAUCCCGAACCAUGUAAGCCCUCUUUAUCACGUGAUUCAGAAGAAUGAUUUCACAGGGGCCCUGAGCAACAUCACCAAGCUUUUGAACAGAAUGAACUAGAAAUACUUGGAAAAUACUCACAGAUGCUUGGGCCAAGGAACAUGGCAUUUAGUGGAUAUAUUGUAUCAUGCACCACCUGAGAAAAACAACAUGAUCCAUUGGGCUGUUAGACUACACUGAGGGCAACGGCCAGGGGCAGCCUUCGAACAUUGGGAUGCACAUUGGCAAAGGCCACCUGGUGAGUCAGCACUAGAUCUGCCAAGUGGGCUGGCCCUGCCCAAUCAAAACUUUUACUGUAGAAGAGAAUAAAGUUAUUGUAGUGCAUAUGAAAACUGUACUGCGGAAGACAGUCUGGGUUGUUCCUGCCUUGGGCAAAGGCAACCUCAUUUAUGGGAUUGUUUUUGCUUGAGGACUUGGGCACACUUGUUAAGACAGGAGGAUGGGCAAGUCUGGUUUGUGCAUUGAGUGGAUUUGAUUGAAUAGCCAGUGCAUUGUGUGAUGCUAAUCGCUGUGUAUUAGCACUUCUACAUCAGCUGCAUGCCCAUGAUUGCACUGGGCACCUCAUGGUGCCUGUCUCCACCCCUCCAGCUUUGGGGAUCUGAACCCAACUCCCCUUCAACUGCCAUAUUAAGAAUGAACGUUGAUGUAACUGGUCAAGCAGAGCAGCGACGGAAUCAGAACUGGCUUCAACAUGUUACAAUCCAACACUCACAAGUCAUGACUGUCAUAAGCCAAAAGUCACAGACUAAAUUAAUUCAACAGACUUGUAUGGGAAUUAAGGAAAUGGCGUGCAUCUAUAAAAAGACGGGAAAGGUGGUGGUGUAUCAGGAAGUGUGGGAUCCAGCAUGACAAAUGAUAUGGAGUAAGCAGCUACUACUUUUCUGGUUUCAGCUGGGAGUUAAUUUUCUUCCUAGUAGCUGGUACAGAGCCGAUUUCUUUAGAAUUAGAAUAAUGUCAAUAACACAAUAAUGUUCCAGUUGUUGCUCAGCAGUACUUACCCCAAGUCAAAGACUUUUCAGUGUCUGAUGCUCUGCCAGUGAGAAGGUGUUCAAGCCACGAGGGAACAGGGCCAGGACUCUGACAUGAACUGGGCAAAGGGAUAUAACACCAUGCCCAGUAUUUAAACUGGGGGAAGUUGGCUGGGAGGGACCAUUUGCUGCUGGGGAACAGGCUGGGCAUCAGUCAGUGAGUGGUGACUGGCACUUGUGCUUCUCAGGUUUUCUCCCUCUUUCCCAUAUUAUUACUUUGGUUCAAUUAUUUAAGUGCUUUAUCUCAACCCACAGAUUUUGUUUCUAAUUCCCUUCCCUACAGUAGGGGGAGGGGACAGGGAGUGAGCCAGAGGCUAUGAUAUACUUAGUUGCCAACUGGGGUUAAACCACAACAUCAAGGGAUCUUUUGAUUUCUGCUCUAUAAAUAUUGCUUCCAUGUCUUGCAUGCUCAAAAUAGAAACUACCAAUAUUUAGUCAACCUAGCUGUGAUGGUAUUAAAAAAACCCAAAACAACUUCCAAAUAAACUUAAAGACAAAUUAACUUGUCUCUUCAAUUUAGUUCUGCGUGAAAGCUUCUCAUUUUGUUCAUAUGUACAUGCAGCAAUACAAGAUUCACUCUUGCAGCUUGGAACAAUCUAUUCAAGUAAUUUUCAUAGAUGAUCUCACUACUUAUGUCUCAACCAUUGUCAAGGACUCAAACUUCUCCUGCAAUUUUGAUUUACUAGAACUUAGAGAUGAUUUUGGGAAUCUGAUACAAUUUCAAAGUGUGUAGAAGUAAACUCACUAUGCUGACAAAAGAAAUCCCCCUGUAAUAAAAGCUCAAUCAGUGUUUUAGUGUUUAAUGUGGAAGCCUCUCUGUAGACUGUGUAUGUAGUUUCAUUCUGAAGAAAAAUCAUGUCAAUACAAUUCAAACUGUAGUAUGUAGACUCUAACUGUCAAAGUGCUUAUGUAGUUUCUCAGAUAUAAUUAUUAUAAAUAAAUAGCUCCUCAUAA